AUGGAACGUUUAUCUGUUCAACUGAUGGAUCUGCCAGACCAGUUACUUAUAAUUAUUUUUAAGAAAUUGAACAAUAUUGAUGUAUUCUGUUCUUUAAUUGAUGUUAAUAUGCGAUUCAAUAAAAUUAUAUGUGAUCAAAUCUUUACUCGUUAUUUAACAUUAUUUCAAAGAUCAUCCGAUGAUGUAAUCUGUCCACUAAAUGAUAGAAUAAUUGAUCGAUUUUGUUUACAGAUCUUACCUCAAAUACAUUAUAAAAUCAAAUGGCUUAAUAUUGAGUCAUCAUCUAUGAAACAUAUUCUUCGUAUUGUUGAUUAUCCUAAUUUAAAUUGUCUUGGAUUGUACAAUAUUGAAGAAGAAACAUUUAAACGUUUAUUUAUUGAUGAAAUUGCUUUAACUCGUAUCUAUAAAAAUCAGAUAUAUAAAUUAAUUAUUACAGUGGCUAACAAUACAAAUGAAAUAUCAAUGAAAGAUUUAAUAAUAACAAUAUAUAUGUAUGUCUUUACUGUUUUCACGAAUUUACUUUAUUUAAAUUUCUGUUCAUUUUCAAAUAUAAAUCCUCAUUACUUAUCAUUCGAUAGAAAAUCUCCAAAUUUUUUUUCUUCAACUCUAACAGAAUUAUAUAUUAAUUUGGAAAAUUUCGAAGAUUGUCUUUAUCUACUUAAUGGUCAUUUCAAUCAACUUCGUACAUUCUAUGUUACUAUUCGUUUCAUUGAUCGUUCAUUUAUGGUGAUCAAUAAUGAAGUAAGUUAA